AUGCCGUGGAUGAUAUACAUAGUGUUAUUGGACGAUGAAGCGCAAUUGCUGGAAACCAAAUCCAAAGCCCCGCCCUUUGUUCUUCAGAUCUACACCGUCGAGUGCAUUUACAUCCUACAACCUCCAAAGAAGGAACCUAGUUUUUCCCAACGUGGGGAUCCUCUCGUAUGCGUUGGAGCCUAUUCUACCUCAUAUCCUGCGCCCCGGCGUGGAAACCGUGGAUCUGUGUGA